UUUUUUGAGUUUCGAAAUCAAUGAAGCUUAUCAAUCCUCACAACGGAAAUGAGUGAUUCACGCGAGGAACCACCAUAUUUCUCCGAUUUUCGAUAAACAGUACAAACAACCUCCAGUACAGAUUACCACGCGGUUCGCCCUCGCAAUCACCAUAUAUAUGUAUGUAUUUAUACAUGAGAUAAAAAAAAGUUAGGGCGUGUAGUAUUUUGUGCGAAUAGGUCAGUCACCUGUCGAAUUUGAGUACGAAAACAUGUCUGCAAUCAAAUGUGUUGCUUUCUUUCUAGCGGCGUUAGUUUUCAGAACAGCUGUCGCGCUGGAGUGCCACGAAUGUUCCGGCCCCGAGCAGUGUAACGAUCCAGAGCUGGAAAAUGUGGUCCAAUGCAGCGAUACAAACUCACAGGCCGUGCAGGACGAGUUGUCGCGGUUAUUCUAUCCCUCUCUGCCCGAGGUGGCGCUUCGGAGCGGAAGAUACCAAUGCACAUCGCACAACCUGACUAGAUGGGGAGAAUCAGCUCCAUCAACCCGGAUCAUGGGAUGCAUGUUCGAAACUAGCAAAAGCGUGUGCCAUUUGGAUACUCCUUAUCUGCCGAAUUUCGCAAUCCUCGGUUGCAGAGCGUGCGAUUGGAAUAGAUGCACUGGGAACGGCAGCGCUGCGCUUGGGUGGAGCAUACUGCUAGUGAUAGCUAGUGUGAUGGCAUCAUCAAUAGUAAUAAAGUGAAAGAGAAAUAAACUUUUUUGAAUUUAAAUGAAGUGAAAA